AUGGGUGUCGCAAAGAGAACUCGAAAAUUCGGGGCUGUCAAAAGAGUUAUCGGGCAGAAUGACGCACGGCUAAAGAAAAACCAAGCAAAAGUUGAAACGCAUGAAAAAAACAAAGAGAAGGAGGUAGUUCGGCAAGUGCCUCAAGUCUCCUCCGCACUAUUUUUUCAAUACAAUACAGCUCUCGUGCCCCCGUAUUCUGUGUUAGUGGAUACCAAUUUUCUAUCUCACACCGUACAGCGCAAGCUUCCUCUCCUCGAAACUCUCAUGGACACUCUGUACGCAAAGUGUAUACCUAUCAUCACCUCAUGUGUUAUGGCCGAAUUAGAGAAGCUCGGUUCACGGUACAGGAUAGCAUUACGAAUUGCGCGCGAUGAAAGAUGGGAGAGGUUACAGUGCGACCAUAAAGGAAUCUAUGCAGAUGAUUGCUUAGUUGAUAGGGUUAUGAAGAGCAAGAUUUAUAUAGUUGCGACAAACGACCGUGACCUCAAACGAAGAGUGAGGAAAAUACCAGGUGUACCAAUAAUGAGUGUAGCAAGAGGAAAGUAUGUCAUUGAGAGGCUACCAGAUGCUCCUGAGAAGUAA